CUAUAAGGUGGGCAGAUACAGGUGUGUCUCUGAAAAUAUUUAUAAAUGGUCUGUAUUUAAGCUCCAUUUCACUUCAAGGUAUACACACAGAAGUUGUGAUUUGAGAUUCUGAAUGUUUGAUAAUGGUUGCAAGGGAAUUUACAUUUGUGGUGUGUAUUUGGACGGUCUGUGCUGCCGGGCAUGAAUUCUUCUCAUCAACAGAUCAAAUUGCACAGCUUGUUGAGAAGAAGAAAGACCUUCUGACGAGCUUUAGUCAAUACAUAGAUGCUGAAGAAAAGAAUAUAGCGAAAAUGAAGAGUGUUUAUCUGAAUCUUCUGCUUUCAUACUCUGACCCUGUGAACCAUGAGAAAAUCAUGAGAGACCCUGUGGCAGCUUACAAACACCUCAGACAAUUGAGAGAUGAAUUAAUAAAUAUUGUAAACCACAUUCGACCGAGUUUUUAUCAGUGUAAUGAGUAUCAGGAUGAAUUGGACUUCCUAGAGAUCCCACAGCCAGAGGACAUAGAUGGUGCAGCGUUAGGACUGAUCAGACUGCAAGAGAUCUACAAACUCUACCCAGAAGACAUCAUGAAGGAAAUGGCAUUAAGUGCAGAUGAAGCUUACCAUGUUGGGUUGGUUGCUUAUAACGAGGACAAAUUCCAGCAUGCCUUUCUCUGGUUUCUGUACAGUCUGGAUACAUUAACAGAAUACUCAGCCAUUACUGAGAAAAAGUUGUUACAGUCUCUUAUUUCCUCAGCCUAUUAUUUUGGCAGCUUGUCUGUGGCAAUCUACCUCAACCAACAGCUUCUAAAUAUUGAUCCAACUAAUGAUGAAGUCAGAGCUCAGCUGAACAGACUCCUUUACUCACAUAGAACUUCAAAUGCUGACAUAUUCACACUGAACACAGAGUCAAGUAAAUAUGAGAGGCUGUGCAGAGGAGAGGUUGAUGAGCGGACCUCCAGGAGGCAGAGGGCGCUGUCCUGUAGGUACAGCACAGGUGGAGGAAACCCCAGACUGAUGUAUGCUCCAGUGAAAGAGGAAGUGGAGUGGGACGAGCCUCUAAUCAUCAGAUAUCAUGACAUUAUUUCAGACACAGAGAUAGAGAUCUUGAAGAAUAUCUCCAUACCUCAACUUUCUAGAUCGAAGGUUUAUCAAGAUGGAUGGAGUGCAGUCUCUCAACACCGUGUUUCUCAAAGUGUUUUUCUACAAGAUGACCCUUUGUCUGCUCGAGUCAGUCAGAGGAUUGCAGAUGCUACUGGACUUUCCAUUGAAACAGCUGAACCACUGCUUGUUCAGAAUUAUGGCAUUGGUGGCAGAUUUGAACCACAUUAUGAUGCACUGGAGACAGGAGAGAAUGACAGGAUUGCUACAUUCCUAAUUUAUAUGAGUGAUGUGGAGAUAGGGGGUGCCACCGUCUUCCCUGGCAUCGGAGUUGCAGUGCAGCCAGUAAAGGGUUCAGCCGUUUUUUGGUACAACCUCUAUAAGAAUGGUGAACUGGAUUUGAAUGCAUACCAUGCUGGAUGCCCUGUGUUAUUGGGUAACAAAUGGGUGGCUAACAAAUGGAUCCAUGAAUUUGGACAGGAAUUCAGGAGGCCCUGUUCUUUGUCAGAAUGGGAGUGAAAGACUCCAGAAAUCAUAUAGAAAUCACAUGAUAUUUACACAUGUAUCAUUUAUAUGUACCACAGAUAAUUUAUGUGAAAGUUGUACUCUGUACUAUAUGUUAUGUUUAUGUAUCAUAAAAGUUGAUAAUGUAGACAGGAUCUGUACCAUGAAUUUGUAAUAUAUUGGUCAAAACCAUUCUUUUGACACAGAUGAGUCAGUGUCUUUAGGUCUCUGAUCACAAACUCUGGUCCAUGUGACAUCUCCACCGUUCUAUUUGUACUCUUGUAUGUGACACAUAUGGUUUGGCCAUUGAUUGCAAAUUAGUUGCAGGCCUCGGACUUUAGGCCUCUGAAGUAGAAGGAAAGACGGAGAAAAGAACAGAUGUUAUAUUCUGUAAAAGAAUGAGAUUUAAAAAAAAAAACAAUUAGCCUGUAAUAUACACAAAUUUGCAGCUGUGCAAUAAAUCAU